GUCUGCGCGUUGUCAGCCAUGUUAGCGCCCUCCUCCAUCUCGACCACUGCUAACUUUAGGACAUGCUUGCUCCAGGCCGGCUGUGAGGGCGAAGAGCUUUAAUUCUUUCUAUCCGUUUGAAAGAACAUUAUCAAAUUUACACAAUGGAGGCCGUCAAGGCGUUUAACGGCGAGUUGUACUCAUUGAAUGAAUACAAGCCACCCAUCUCCAAAGCCAAGAUGACCCAGAUUACAAAGUCAGCAAUUAAAACUAUAAAGUUCUACAAACAUGUUGUCCAAAGUGUGGAGAAAUUCAUUCAAAAGUGCAAACCCGAGUACAAAGUCCCUGGUCUGUAUGUCAUCGACUCCAUUGUACGGCAGUCCCGUCACCAGUUUGGUCAAGAGAAAGAUGUUUUUGCUCCACGCUUCAGUAAGAACAUCAUUGGCACGUUCCAAAAUCUCUACCGCUGCCCGACAGACGACAAGAGCAAGAUUGUCAGAGUGCUCAACUUAUGGCAGAAAAACAACGUCUUUAAGAGCGACAUCAUUCAGCCUCUACUGGAUAUGGCAGCAGGUCUUCCACCGCCCAGCGUUACGCCCAUCUCUGCCAGUAGUGCCCUACCUGUCAACAGCACUACUCCUGGAACUCCUGCAACUCCAGCCACCCCUGCCAAUAUAGUGCAGAGUCUUCCAGAUUGGGCAUCUCAGAUCUCCAACACAGACACUGUGGCUGCAGUUGCCCAGAUCUUGCAGAGUCCUCAGGGCCAGCAGUUGCAGCAGCUGGUUCAGAGCUUGCAGAUGCAGCAGCAGAAGCCUCAGCCCUCUCUGCUGCAGGCGCUGGAUGCUGGUUUGGUGGUGCAGCUUCAGGCUUUGACUGCACAACUCACUGCAGCUGCAACAGCCAACAAGCUCAACCCACUGGAACAGAGAGUUUCCUCCUUCAACAAGAAGCUGCUGGGUCAGUUUGAUUUCGGGAAUGAGUCUGAACACAGCGAGGAUUCAAAGAAAGAUUCCUCAUCCUCUCAGAUACCUGUGCUGUCAGAGUCCAUCAACAGCUCAAUAUUUCAUCAGCUGGCUGAGCAUCUUCAGCAGCAAAAUCUCGAACAGUUUCAGAAACAGCUAAUGGAGCACCAGCAGCAUCAACAGAAGUCCAUGGGCAUGGAGAGCCAGGACUCCAUUUAUGGCACUGAAAAUUCUGCCCCUUCUGGCCAGAGCAGCGCCCCGCCACAGCACCAAAAUCAAGAAUCAAAAAUGGAUGAUUCCAUGGACAACCAACAACAGGACAUGGAUAUCGAUGAGGGACAGGAUAUGGUUAAUGAGGAGCUCUUUGAGACAGAUGAGAAGAAAACCAGCAGCACCCGUUCAAGGACGCGCUCAAGAUCUCGCUCCAGGUCACCUAAGAGGAGGAGGUCGAGAUCUCGCUCUGGGUCUCGGAAGCGGAAACACAGAAAGCGAUCAAGGUCUCGGUCAAGGGACCGAAAGAGGAAGUCUUCCCGUUCUUAUUCCAGUGAACGAAGAGCACGGGAGAGAGAGAAAGAUCGUCAGAAAAAAGGGCUUCCUCCAAUCCGCUCGAGAGUUCUCAGUGUUUGCAGCACUACUUUAUGGGUUGGUCAAGUGGACAAGAAAGCCACGCAACAGGAUCUCACAAACCUCUUCGAAGAGUUUGGCCAGAUUGAAUCUAUCAAUAUGAUUCCUCCCAGAGGCUGUGCUUACAUCUGUAUGGUCCAUCGUCAGGACGCAUAUCGGGCUCUUCAGAAGCUGAGCACUGGCUCUUACAAAAUUGGUUCAAAGGUCAUCAAAAUUGCUUGGGCCCUGAAUAAAGGAGUCAAACAGGAGUACAAGCAGUUCUGGGAUGUGGACCUCGGGGUCACUUAUAUCCCAUGGGAGAAGGUGAAACUGGAUGACCUGGAUGACUUUGCUGAGGGAGGCAUGAUUGAUCAGGAGACGGUCAACAACGAUUGGGAAUCACAAAGGAAUACUGAGCCAGCCAAAGAGACUCCGAGUCAGGCUGUUAAAGCUGAAGCAAGUACAGCCAGCAGCACAGCCAGUGAGGCCUUCACACAGCCUGUCGCUAUGAUGCCCAUGCAGAUUCCAGUGCCACAGGCAGUCCCUGCUGUUGGCCUCGUUCCUCCGUCCUUCCCUGUCACCAUGGCAAUGCCCCCACCAGGCUUCGGUCCCCCUCCACCUUUUCUAAGGGCAGGGUUUAAUGCCUCCCAGCCUCCCCCAGGUUUCAUGGCCACACCAGGAGUAGGGCCGUCAGCAGUGGGGGCAGUCACCAGUCUUGCUUCAGCUCAGAACUCUUUAGUACAGCCUGCAAUGCCAAGCACUCAAGACAGCAGCAAGGAUUCUCCGUUUGGUGCCAUGAUGCCUCCCACCGGUACUAUUCCUGGGAGCUUUAUUCCAUCAGCAAUGCCUGGGGCGCAAGUCUUUAACCCUGUCGGAGCACAGCAUCAGCAGAGCAGCACAGACAAAACACCUCAGUCUGCAGACGCUAUGGAGGCAUCUUCUGAAAUAACACUUCAGGGAAUGCAGAACGCAGUGCGCAGUGGAAUGGGUCUGUUGGGUAUGCACCCUUCUGCAUCUCUGACACAUCCUCUCGCUGGGCAAAGGAUGACAGGACUGCUUCCAUUGGAACUUCGUCCAAACCUGCUCCAGGGGCCUGGCGGCCGCUUCCCCCUGCUCAUGCAGCCAGGCCUUGCUCAUCAGACCAACAAUGUCCUGGAUGCUUCGCUUCAAGCCCAAGCCCGUCUUCGGGCUCCGUUUUCUCAAAUGGAGCAGUUCAAUCGUACAGAGGGUACUUUUAUGAGGGCACCCAAUCCCUCACCUGCUGUAAAUGACAGUCUGAUCAAGCCUAAUAAUGAGGUGCCACCCAGAUCUGAUGUAGUCACGCAACAAGAGGGAGAUCAGGAUUAUCGCUUUCCACCACCAGAGAAGCAAAGUACAGGGUUGCUGAAAACUCCUCCGCUGGAGAUGCGAACAGAACCUGCGCCCGCCAGACCACCUCUGCUAGAAAGACCUCCGAGAGCAGUCCUGCAACCCGAGGGUCGAGAGGGUAGGAGAGAAAAUAUGUCUGGCGGUUUCAGAGCAGAAAGUCGUUGGGGUCCACCCAGGGGGGACUUUGAUGAGCGAGACAUGAGGGGGGGGAUGUCUGGUGGUUCAGCGAAGGGUUUCCAGGAAGAGCGUUCGAAUAAUAACUUUCAGAAUCGAUUUGAGGGCCGCAGCGGAGGUUCAUCAGGACCUGCCUGGAAUCGUGGAACUGGAUCUUCUUUUAACGCCAACAUGCACCAAGACUACGAUGACCGCCGCAGACCUUGGGAAAGGCAGAAGGACCGGGAUGACAGGGAUGUGGACUUUAGGGGCGAAAUAAACGGCAAUCGUCAUAGCCGGGAGCGCGACAGAGACCGCGAAAGGGAGAGGGACCGGAAUCGAGAGCGCGAACGUGGCAGAGAUCGGAAUCGUGAGAGGGAGAGAGAACGAGAAAGGGAGAACGAGAAGGAUAAAGAGCGGGAUCGUUGGACUCCUCUUUCUACACAGUCUCAACCUCAACUGCUGCUUCCUCAAGCCAAGCCUCAACCGCUACUUCCUUUACCGACCCCCUUGCUUCCUCGGCCUCCAGCACAAGAACCGGUGCAAAUGAACUCACAGUCUCCACCGGUCCCCCAGCCUGAUCCGCAACCCCAAGUGACGGAACCAGCCGCAGAACCACAAGCCGAGAUCAAACCAGAGCCGCAGUCUCUCAGCCCACCUGAAGAGAUGGCAAGUAGUCAAGAGGACGUUGCUGCUUCAUGCGUCAACGGAAUGGAGACCGAUUCCAAACCUCAGUCGGAACAUGCAUCCCAGACUGCUACAGAGCCCUCUCGUAGCCCCUCUCCAUCUCUGACCUCCACUCCCGCCUGCUUCGAGAACGAGCCCCCGGAAAGAGAGAACCCCCCAGAAAUGUCUGUUUCCGCAUCUGUGGACACAGACACUGAAAAGACUGGGCCAAAGGUGAACGCUGAGACUGAACCUGAGCUUGAGAAAAGUGACACUGAGGAAACAUAAUCAUCACUCAGUAGGUAAAGAUCAUUUUGUAUAGUCAUCUCUGUAAUGGUUUUGAAAGCUCUCACAGGAAUCCCCUUCAGUUCAGUUGUGCUCAGUUUUAGGAUGUUGUAGACACCUUAACGAAUGAUUCUUACCUCUCAAGCUUCAAACGUAUGUUCGUUCUAGGCGGCUCACACUAGAGGAUCUAAAUGGUAGGUGGGAUUUUAAUUUAAUUUUAUUCUGUUCUCUAGUUUUUAAUGCAACCCCAUUGUUUUAAACUAGGUGUUUUUUGUUUUGUUUUCUCAUGACGCUUGGUUUGCCAAUAUUGUAAAUGCUGUGGGGAAAAGAGGUUGACCUUCCUAUGGAAGAGUGUAAGGAUUCUGGCUUUCUCCUUUGGAUUGAUUGCAGAAUGCUUGAAAACAGCACUGGCUUGUUUAUUCGUCUUUUCUUUUCAAAACUGCAGCUGCAAAGUUUGAAAUGAACGCUUCUGUGGAGUCCAAUGCUUCUUGUCUCUAUAGCGAAAUAUGCAUACAUCGAGAGAAAAAAAAAAAGACAGUGAGAACAAUACUGCGUUUUAGUUGCUUUGAAAAGGAACCUUUACAAAGAAGAAUAAUUAAACUACAAUGUAUUAUCACAAUAUUAAAUGUCUGUGAUUUUUCUUUUGUCCUUCAUCAAACUUCAAUGGAAAUGCAGGUGCUCAGAAAAGACGAUCAAAGGAAAAAUGAAUGUUGAGUGCAAACUGUUUUAGUUUCAAAUAAACGUUCUGCUUGUUAAAAAAA